AAGAUCAUAAAAAAAAUAUUACAACUAUGAUGAUAAAUAUGAUAUCUGCUAAAAAUAUGAAACAUAACAUUAAAAUAUAUAUAAUCCAUAACGAGUAACCAUUCAGAAUACAGGCAAAAUUUCCAAUUUCUUAUAUAUAUAUAUGUAUUGACCAAUGAAAUUGUAGUAAUUGAAGGGCUUAUUCAUCCAACCAAUAGGAAAACAGUAUGAGGAUAAUUGUAAUCUGUAAUGUGAAUAAUCAUUAAGAAUCAUUUAAACAAUUAUUAUCUCUAUGAUCAUAUACUAAAUAACUUUAAUUAUUUUUGUUUUUGUUGUUAUCAAGGCUCAACUACUACACAUAAAUCAACAUAUAUUCAUUUGAAAUUAUAUACUGAAUCAUUAAAAUCAUUAUCAAAUUUAAAGAAAACUAGUAGUUUGAUCCCAAAUGAUCCACAACAUAUUUUAUAUGAAAAAGAUUUAAUUCUAUUAAAUGAUCAAUUUGAUUUCGUUACAAACUAUUCUAAUAAAAAGAAAGAAAUAUCAUUUCAAAUUCAAUUGAAUAUUGAAUAUAUUCAAUUUCCAAUUGUAUCUACUCAUUUAUUUCAAUCAGUAUUAUUAAUAAUUCAUAUUAAAGAUUGUUUUACUGAUUAUUUAUUAAGUACAUUGUUGAAUGCACAAAACAAUAUUCCAUUGUCAAAAUUAAUAAAUGUUAAUCAGAAUAAUACGAUUAUGUUAAAGGAAUCUUUAUCAAAUCAUAUAGACUCAUUAAGUGCUGAUAAAAUGCAUUUACCAUUUGUGAUUACAUGUUUAAUUAUUGGUCUUUCUUAUAUUAUACUUUUAACGAUAUAUACCAUUUUAAAAAUAUGUCAAGGAUCUAAUAAAUUCCAUACAGACAAUCUAAUUCAUAAUUCAACAAAUUAUAUAUCAAAUAAUGAAACACAACAGAAACAUUAUUCAUCAUUUUCAGCUUAUUCUACAACUUUAUUAAAUAAUUAUCAUAGGACAAGUUCACAAUCUCAAUUAGCUCGUUUAACAUGUCCUCAAAAAGUUUGUAUUAUGAUCUAUUUAUGUUUUCGGGUAUUUUAUACUUUUCUGUUCACUAUCAGUGUUGGAUUAUCAUUUAUUUUAAGCAUUGAAACUGAUGCUACUGUGGAGUUUACUUCAGCAGUACAUAAUAAUCAUUUUAUUACAAUGAAUUCAUUUAAUAAUUAUAAUGGAAAUAUUGGUAGUAGAUUAAUUCUGCCAUCAGUGAUGAAUACAAUGACGUUGACAACGGAUAUAGGUAACAGAUGGCGUGGAGCUAAAGUAUGGGUAUUAGAAGCUGCUAGAAUGGAGGAUUUUUCUCAAACUGAAUUAUUAAGACAGGUAAGUAUAAUACUGGCGAAUAUUUCAUUGAUAACUUUAUGUUUAUAUUUGCUUAAUAGUGAAUGUGACUUUUAAUCGAAUUGGCUUCGUGAUAAUAAAUUAACAAAUAGUAAUAUCAACCAAUUCUUAUUAUUCAGACUACUUUGGUUUAUACCUUUAUUUUUCCGAACUAAUUCUUUCCUCGUGUAUUACAUCUUUAUACCCAAUCUUUCUUUUAUAUAAUACCGCCAUUAAAUUAACUACUUCUAUGAACUUCGUGUUUAUCUUGUUGUGUUAAUGAGGUGUGGCAACU